UAGACAUCGGGCAUCAUUGCAAAGUCGCGCGCCUGCCGCAGCGUCCAGCAAUUGUCGUACAGCUUAGUCUGCGGUUGACCAGGAAAGGAAUAACCCACAUCCUGCAGUCUGGAAGCUUUCUUGAGGCUUCCAGUCAGCAUUCGGAUUCCUGAGAGUGGAAAUACUCUUGGAAUGCAAGUCGGGCUGCUGACAGACGCCUAGUAGAUGAAAGCGGCUUUUCUGGGCGCAAGGGCAAAAGGCAUCAGUUCUACUUGAGGACUGCCUUUGGGUAUAAACACGAUCAGGGUUGUCCGGGUCCUGAGGUUUACACAGCAUGGGCCUCUCGGAACAGAAACUGGUGAUGGACAUGGCGGCAUGGGCCGGCAAUGUUUCUUCAUCAGUGAUGAUCAUUUUUGUCAACAAGGUCCUGAUGAACGCCACCGGCUAUGGCUUCAAAUACGCCACGACACUUUGUGCUCUGCAUUACAUGGCUUGCACCAUCAGUAUCUGGAUAACUCAGGCCAUGGGAGGCGUGAAAAAGGUCACCUUACCCUUUACAGAUCUUCUGCUCUUCACUGCCACAGCCAACCUGUCCAUUGUCUCACUCAACCUGUCCCUCAUGAUCAAUAGAGUUGGUUUCUACCAGAUUGCAAAGCUGCUCAUUGUCCCCUUCGUGUGUCUGGUGGAGAGAUUCUGGUUGCAGCGCCACUUCAGCCGUCCAGUCAUUGCUUCCAUUCUGGUCGUUGUCGCAGGCGUCGGCAUUGUGACGGUGACGGAUCUGCAGGUGGAGAACAAUAUGUUGGGGCUGGUGGUGGCGGGCCUGUCGGUGGUGUCCAGCGGCAUGCAGCAGAUCUUCUGCCGCACCAUGCAGCAGAAGCACGGCCUGUCCAGCCACGAGCUGCUCUCCAACACAGCCCCUGCGCAGGGGUGGACACUGAUGCUGCUGGGGCCUUUCUUGGACCGCUACAUCAGCGCCGCCUGGGUGUUCAACUACGACUGGAACGUUCCGGCGCUCACGUUCCUGGCGCUGUCCUGCGCGUGCGCUGUCGGCGUCAACGUAUCCCAAUUCAUGUGCCUCGGCCGCUUCUCCGCCGUAUCCUACCAGGUGUUGGGCCACAGCAAGACGAUGCUGGUGCUGCUGGGCGGCUGGGCAUUCCUGGGGGACCAGAUCAAUCUGAAGCAGCUGGCAGGCAUGGCCCUCGCAGUCGUGGGCAUGGUGGCUUAUGGCGUUGCCUCCAACCAGUACGCCACACUUCCCCACAUGCUCGGUUCGUUCGGCACAGCCAAGAAGGAGGAGGUGUGA